AUGAAGAAAGUUGUAGCAGUGGUACUUAUUGUUAUGAUUGAGGUGGCAACUAGCAUGCCAGUGUUAAUGGCAUGGAAUCCUGUUCCUCAACCUCCUCCAGCUCCAGCUCCAGCAAAAUUCCCACUUGAUGCUCUGAAGGUGGGGGCCUGUGUUGAAGUGCUUAGUGGCCUUGUGCACAUAGGCAUUGGAGACCCAAUUGUAAACCAGUGUUGCCCUGUGAUUGAAGGAGUUUUGGCAUUGGAGGCAGCGCUGUGUUUGUGUACAGCAAUAAGGGCUAAGCUUCUCAACCUCGAUAUACUUGUUCCAGUAGCACUGUAG